GUCCAUUAAAACAAUAACAAACAAAAUUUCUUUUAAUUUUCUUCAAAUAAAAAUAAUAAUCUUAUUGUCCACUACCGUGUGUGUUUGUGUUUUCAACGAUACAGGUGAACGAAUUUGCGUUUUAAUAAUUUUUUUUUGUUCACUUGUUUGGCUAUAAUAAAAUUACAAUUUGGCAAGAAAUAAAGAAAAACCUUUCUAAACGAAAAUAUUAUGUCGUCUUCAUCUUCAAAUAAUAAUAAAGACAGUAAUGUUUCGUCUCCACCUUCUUCUUCAUCAUCAUCAUCUUUUUCUGUUUCGGAUGGACAUCAAACAUCAUCAUCAACAACAACAGCAUCAGUUUCAACAAAUUUGAGUACCACCACUGUAAAUAAUAGUGAUAACAGUGACAAUAAUAAUCAUAAUCAUCAACAUAACAACAUUAUCGAUGAUAAUAAUCAACAACAACAACAGCCACAAACAGCAACACAAACAUUGACUAAUUGUUUGUUAAGAAUUGCUCGUAUAUUUAGUGGUAAUAACCGUAAUGAUGGUCAAUCUGAAACAAAUAAUCAACGAUUAUUGGCAACAACAACAACAAAUCGAACUACAGCUACAGCACGAGUUUAUGUUGCUACAAAUAAUCCUUUAUCAUCAAUGAAUUUAUUAUCAUCAUCAACAUCAACAACAACACAUCCAUCAACAACUACAAAUGCAAUAACCCGAAUAUUUGAACAUUAUAAUAUUAUUCAAAAUAAUCAUAAUCGUUCCGAACAAUCCAAUACACAUUCAACGAUUAUUGUUAAUGGUGGUGGUGAUAACGGUAAUUCACAAAAUAUUCAAAAUAAUCAAAAUAUCAUUGGUAGUGAUGCUAGUGGUAUUACUUUUCCUACAUCGGCAACAACACAAAUUAUACAGAUAAAUCCUACACAUCAUCAUUUAUCAACAUCGUCAUCAACAUCAUCAAGAAAUAUAGUUACAAUUGAACCUGUCUAUGCAACUAUUCGUCGAGUUUCAAUUCAAUCAACACCAUCAUCAUCAUCAUCAUCAUCAUCAUCAACUUCUUCAAGUGAAGAAACCAACAGAAAUCAAGAACAACAACAGCCAUUAGAAUCAUCAUCACAGCCGAACACAUCAUCAUCGAUUACAUCCACAACUAAUACAGCCACAGAUACAUUGAAUCAUGGACAACAAACAACUAAUAAUGGCCAUCAAUCAUCAACAAUAAUAACUGGUUUAAUACGUGAUAAUAUUAGUGAAAAUUCUAUGGAUCCAUCGUCAUCGAUAUCAAAUGAAAAUGCUGAUCAACAACAACAGCAAUCAAGCGAUUCGACAAGAGAUACAAACACAACCCGAAAUCAAUCUCCUUUCUCCGUUACAAUGAACCUAACAUUUAAUAUACAACAUAGUGGUAGUAAUCAUCAUCAUCAUCAUCCUCAUCAUCAACAACAACAACAACAAGCUCGGAAUUUCAACAAUAUAUUCGACAUUCCAAUUAAUGGUGGUACAGGUGGUGGUAUAGCUCCUGGUGCCGAAUGGAUUUUAGAUGCCAAUCUUCUUCGUACCCGUCAACGAGUGUAUAGUGUAGGUAUCGCUUUAUUCUUGAUGAUGAUCAAGAUGUUGCUUAUACGAAUUGCUCUUUUAUAUUCGGUUUCAAUACCGAAAUUAUUUCGAAAUAUUUUCGAAUAUUCCAUAUUAUUGAUGGCCUUUGUUUCUUUUGCAUUAUUGAUACAUAUGCAUGUGAUGUUUAUUCGUUCACCAUUAACAUGUUUGGAUCAUGUUAAACAAACAUGGCCAAAACAUGGUAUUUUACGUGUACAGAUUGGUGAUCAAGAGUCAUUUCUUUCAACUUCUGCCAAUUUCAAAACUGAUCCUAAAUUUUUAAAUGAUCUUAAUAAUAUGACAACAAAAAUGUUUCCAUUUACAUAUGAACAAUAUCAAAAAGAUACUUAUGAUAUUAUUCAUCCAGAUUAUGGUUCAUCUUAUCUGAAAUUGAAGCCAAUUUUUUCGACCAAACAUUACAAUAAAAAUAGUCACUCAAAUUCUGUGUUCAGCAAUAGUGAAAGCAAUAUUGGGGAAAAUGAUCCAGAAUUAACUUUUUUAAAUUAUAAAAAGAAUGGAGCUUGGUCCGAGCCAUAUAUUGUGGAAUAUUCUCUUGAAUAUGGUCUUUUACGGUUAUCUGAACAAAUGCGUGAACGAUAUCAUGUGCCAGUAAUGAAAGUUGUACUUAAUCCUGAAACAGAUAAAUGUUUUGGUGAUCGAACAGCUCGUUUUAUGUUGAAUAAUUUUCUUGGCUAUGAUGAUGUAUUGAUUGGUUCAAUUAAACAAUUGGCCGAACGUGAAAAUAAUCGUGGUUUUGUUCGAAACGUUGUCACCGGUGAACAUUUUCGUUUUGUUAAUGUUUGGAUGACACGUACAUCAUAUUUAGCAGCCGCAUUUAUUAUGAUUGUUUUCACAUUGUUUGUGUCGAUGUUGAUUCGUUAUAGCCAUCAACAGGUUUUUGUAUUUGUUUCGGAAUUUCUUCGAUCAUUAGAAUUACAACAGCCUGCUACACGAAUAUCAUUUUUGGCCGCUUCUUUGGUAACGGUCAUUCUUGCAUUGAUAGGAAUGGAAACAAUAAUGUAUGAAUUUUUUUCUGAUUCAUCCAUCACAUUCCAUGUGAUAAUAAUGGUAUGGGCAGCCGAUCAAUUUGAUUCAUUGGCCAUACAAUCACAAAUUACAAGGCGACAUUUUCUUCGAUUUUUCUACCUCUAUCAAUUUAUAUUCUAUGCCUAUCAUUAUCGAUUUAAUGGACAAUAUUCUGGACUGGCAUUGUUGACAACAAUGUUGUUCACAUAUCAUUCGAUGAUUUAUUUUUUCCAUCAUUUUGAAUUGCCAUUAUUACGAGCUACAUAUUCUCAACAACAACAACGACAUCAUCAUCAUCAUCAUCAAGUGCCAGUACAGCAACAACAAAUUUUUGUUUCAUCAUCACCAUCAUUGGCUUCGGAUCAUCAACAAAAUCAAAACAAUAAUAAUGGUGAACAACAACCAAAUUCACAGUCUCCAACAACAAAUGAUCAAGAAACAAUGACAAUGAAUUCAACAAGAGAAGAACAUUCGAAUAGUUCCGAACAACAACAACAACAGCAUGGAUCUAAUGACCAAAUUGAAAUGAUAAAUGAUAAUAAUCAUGAUAAUGUUUCAAUCAACGAAACUAAUGAUAGUCAAAAUGAAAGAGAAAAAUCUAACCAUUUAAAUGUACUAAAUCAAGCUACUCAAACGACGACAACAACAACAACAAUUCCAAAUCAAAUGAAUGAACAAUCAUCACCUAUUACUAUCACCAAUAUUGAUGAAUGAAUGAAAAUGGUAAAUCUUGAAAAAGAUAACCAAAUAGAGAUUUAUAAAUAUAUUCUAUCUCUAUUCUAGUCUCUUAUUCUGA